AUGGGAGUUAUUGAACCAGUGGAUUUUCGGUGGAACGCAUGGGUGCCUCCGAAGGUUAAUGUUCUGGCCUGGAGGGCCUUGCUCGACAAGAUUGCUUCGAAAUUGGGCCUGCUUCUUUGGGGUGUACCCUUAUCCGAUACUUUGUGUCCUAGAUGCGGGAUACACGAUGAGGACCCAGCCCAUAUUUUUGUUAAAUGUUUGUGGGCCAAGAGCAUCUGGUGGAGCAUAUGCACUUGGUUGCGUGUGAGUUUCCCAACUAACGUCCACUGCCUUUCUGACCUUGCGGGUUUCUUUUCAAGUCAACCGGGAGAUGCAAAAUGGAAGAAGAUGGUCUACUCCAUUUUUCUUGCAACUGUUUGGAGGAUCUGGAUCGCUAGAAACAUGAAAGCUUUUGAAGAUAUUUUUGUUCCGGUCUCUAAAUCGGUGGACCUGAUCAAGGAAGAUGCCUUUAUCUGGAUUUUUAACCGUUCGAAGCUCAAGACGCCGUCGUGGGGAAAGUGGUUAGAUUUUGACAUUGCCGAUAUGUUGUAA